UGCCGAAGUUGAAGGGCCAACGAAUCGUGCAUCGAAUGCGCUUUAAUGCCCACUAAACAUCAUCGAAUGGAAUUAUCAGCUUACCGCCUCCUUAUUCGAUAUUACUUACUGUCUAUCACCAAUUCUUUUCGUCUUCGCUCCUACUGAAACAUCAUCAAAUCCUUUCCCCACGCCAUUCGUCGCCAUGCCAGACAAGAAGACAGAAGUGCCUCCCAAUGAAUCCAUUACUUUCAGCUCCGGAGAUCACGAUGGACCUCCGGAUCUGCGAAUUCUCCAUUAUAACGACGUCUAUCAUGUCGACCAAUCCAGUAGCGAGCCGGUAGGAGGCGCUGCCCGAUUCAUGUCACUCAUAAAACAUUAUGAAGAGGACGAAAAGUACAAAGGACAGCCAGAGUUGGUAACGCUGUUCUCGGGCGAUGCCUUCAAUCCGAGUUUAGAGAGUUCCGUUACGAAAGGUGAUCACAUGGUACCUUUAUUGAACAACAUAGGGACAAAUGCUGCAGCAUUAGGGAAUCACGAUCUCGACUUUGGAGUCUCUCAAUUUAAGCACCUUUCCUCCAAGUGCAGAUUCCCAUGGCUGAUCGCAAACGUAUUGGACCCCGCGCUAGGGGAUUCGGUUCCUAUUGGCAACUGCAAGAAGACUCAUAUGAUCACCUCGUCUAAUGGUAUCAAGAUUGGGUUGAUUGGGUUAGGUGAACGCGAAUGGCUAGCUACAAUUAACAGUCUACCUCCCAACCUCAUCUACAAGUCCGCCACCGAAACGGCGAAGGAGCUCGUUCCGCAACUACGAGCUGAAGGGGCUGAUAUUGUCAUCGCGGUAACGCACAUGCGAGAGCCGAAUGAUAACAAGCUCGCCGAGCAGACUGAUGGAUUCAUUGACAUUAUUCUUGGAGGUCACGAUCACUAUUAUAACCAUAGUUUUAUAAAAGGAACGCACGUUUUACGUUCAGGAACCGAUUUUAAGCAAAUGAGCUAUAUUGAGGCUAGACGGCGCGCCGAUAACUCAGGUAGAUGGGAUUUCGAUAUCGUACGGCGAGAUGUCACGUCUGCCAUCCCGGAGCAUCAGCCGACCGUCGCGUUGGUUGAGAAGCUAACUGCAAGUCUCAAGGCGACACUUCAGAAGCCCGUUGGUUACACUGCUGCACCUCUCGAUGCUAGGUUCCGGACUGUUAGACUGAAGGAGAGCAACAUCGCCAAUUGGGUAUGCGAUAUAAUGCGCCAUUAUUACUCUGGUGAUUGUACCAUAAUGGCGUCAGGGACUGUCCGUGGCGAUCAAGUCUAUCCACCAGGGCCGAUACUGCUGAAAGAUAUCAUGAACUGUUUCCCGUUCGAGGAUCCCGUGGUGGUGAUCAACGUCACAGGAAAAGCUAUCUGGGACGCUCUGGAGAACGGGUUAUCCCAAUACCCAGCUCUCGAGGGCCGCUUCCCGCAGGUAUCUAAUAUCACUUUUAAAUUUGACGGCCGGAAACCCGCCGGGUCACGCAUAGUAUCGGCGACCAUCGGCGGCGAGCCAAUUGACAUGGCUAGGAAAUACCGACUAGUAACGAGAGGUUACAUGGCUCGUGGGAAGGAUGGCUAUGAUAGCCUCCUGAUAGAGGAAGAAGGAGGUGAAGCGGAGGAGAUUGUUUCCGAAGAGAACGGGAUAUUGAUCUCGAUGAUGCUCCGUCAAUAUUUUAUGUCACUCCGUGUGAUGGGACAGUGGAAGUAUUGGGGAAAGAACAUCGGUCGGUAUUGGGAUCGCGUCACCAGGAAGGUCAGCAUAAGCCACACCCAUCACACUCCAGCAGCAACCGCGACUCCAGUCAGUCCAACAUUGAAGAAAAGCGCCUCAGGUUGGGACAAUUGGACACCAGAGAAGAUUCGAGAGCGUAAGACGUGUCAACUUCCGGUGGACACUGAAUCCGACUCGGAAGGCGAUAGCGCUGAUAGACAAUACGUCGGGGAAAUCGAAACAAUCGACAAGGAGAUGCAAAUAAUGCGCCGGGUAUUCGCCAAGUGGGCGCGGAUCGCCAAGGUCGAAAGUCGCGUCGGCGAGGAGCUUAGAGAAGGCGAGUUCGAAGUCGAUUGGACUAGAGCGAUUGCGCCGCGUCUUGAGGGACGUAUAACUUGCGUCGGGGGCCAGGAGGAAUAGCGGGAGUUAAACGUUGGCAGGCCUCUCGAUUUUAAGUAGUAGGACGGGUACUGCGAUGGCUGGGUGACUACGACCGUAAUGACGUUACGAUAUUCGAACGAAAAAAAAGGGGGUAAAAUACGGAUUUAUAGAAAGUGAUGGUCUGAGUAUUAAACCAAAAAUUUAAGACCCUGGAUCAUCAUUGAAUAUGAGAUGACGACUUGAUUCUGGAUACUUCUGAUUCCAACUAACCUACAGUGUAGUCCGUAAUUUUGAUUUUGAUGAAUUAAGGGUGAUCUUGGAUUAACAUGUGUGAGUAUGAUGAAGUCGGUUAUAAAAUGGCCAUCUUUCACUACUCGUAGAGUGAUACAAGUGCGACAGCGGCUGCCAGUAUCGCAUUAGUUACCCAUGGUGC